UUUAUAGAACUGCCGAUAACAGGAAGAGGUGUCUGUGUAUGGGCUUCCCACCGUGUGCCAGUAGGCUGCACGUGCUUCUCCAGUUGUGUUUAUGGAUGGCAGCUUUGGGAGAGCUCCUUUGGAGUGUGCACAUGGAAUCACAGAACGUCCCAAGUAGGAAGAGACCCAUAAGGAUCAUUGAGUCCAACAGAUAAUGAUGUUUUCAUCUGCAGACACAGGGUAUCGUAUAGAAUUUGGCUCCUAGGAGCUCAUGUGUAGGAACGCAUGGCUGAGCAUCUCCAACCUGUGGAAGCUCUGUCCUCUGGGGCUUUGUUCUUGCAGGUCCUGGGUGGUGCAACCUCUGGCUCAGGUCUGCCCAUCCCUUGGCAGCGCCUGGCAAAUUCCUGCUGUGCUUCUGUCUCGUGUUGGGUGCCUGAAGGCACAGCCCUGCCAACAUGCUGUCAGAUGAUGCUAAAUACUUGCUCAUGAUCUGCUGCUCACGAGUUACCAGAAACUAUAACCUAAAAAAAACCAAAAACCAAAAAACAAACAUGCUGCUCAUUCCUGUGUCCUUGUGAAAAAGGGCUUUUUGUGAGAUAUUUGUUUAAAGUAGAAAUUGCACAGACUAUCUCCCUCGUGCCAGCAGGAUGCUGAAGGGCAGGGAGCCUACACUUUGUCCCUUCUGCUCCUGUGCCCUGGGUGCCCUUGCUUGGAGCACUGCCUCUGAAGAGGACCUGGCAGCUGCUGGGAUGCUGAGCUGAGUGCUGUUGCCUUGGUCCUGCUGCCUUUGCAAAUGCACAGCACAGCUUCUGAGUGUGUGUUCAGACACUGAGCAGGGAAGGCAUCUCCAAGGCGAUCUCUACCUGAUGCCUGCUGGCUUGGUGGGAGGGAUGCAGGCAUUCUGCAACACUCAGUCCCUCCCCAGGGGCACAAAGUGUUAGGGCUGUGCACAGCUGUUUGGGUGAGGCCUGGUUUGAGUCCAGGCUGCCACGUGCACCUUGCGUGCAGAUGUCCUCUUAGCAGCUCCCUGGUACUGGUGUGUGUGCGUGUCCUGCAGCCCUGGGUGUGGCUGAGGCUCCUGACCCUCGGAGAAGCUGGAAACAGAGUCUCCUGUCAUAAACUGUACAUCUGUUCCUGCUUAUGGCCAGCAAACUCGAUUAGAAGUGAGAUGAGGGCAUGAAGAGCUGCUUGCAUGGCACAGAUGUGGCAGUGGCUCAUCUGGACAUCACCUGGCCACCCCCUUGUGACUGGAAGAGUUUGACAGGAGCUGCUGAGGACAGCGAAGCAUCCUGGAAAUGAAGGCUCGAGCACCGUGUGGGAAGUUGCUGGGUGCGAGAUGACGGCAGUAUGAAAACAGCAGCUCUUGCCUGAAAGCAGCCAGACCCUGCAGACUUCCUGUGAGCCGUAGCAGCUGUGGUAGCCUGCCGUGCAAGAGCUCGUUUGGAUUUUGCUUGCAGGUGAAGGUGCUUCUUGAGUCUCUUCAGUGCCUCAUGCAGCUGUUGUGUUUGGAGAUAUCCUGCCUUAAAUCCUGGACAAAAAUCUGCCAAAAGUCAAAAAUGACUUGAGUGGAAGAGCCACUGUUUUGUCCAACAGGACCAGCUUGCUGCCCUGAGCUCUCUGUCCCAUUUGGAUGCAACGUACACUAUGGUUCACAUCAAUGUGCUGAAAAAAUUUAUGUGUGUUCUUGUGGUGAUACUGAUAGCUCUGACAGUUUGCCUGUGGAAAGAGACAAGAGGAAGCUACUAUGUUCCUUUCAGGAGUGAUGAUGCACAGGUUCACAGGACUUUGGAAAAAUGGAACCUACUUAAAUCACAGGGCCUCUUCCACGAAGCUGCUGGUGAAAUGGGUCAGAUGCCUAAAGCUUUGCCCAACAACCAAAAUAAAGUAAAAGGCAUCACCUCUGGAGCAGUGGAGAAGUCCAGGAAAGCAGCAGACCAUGUGAAGGUAUGGGAUAAGGACAGCUCAUCCAGAAACCUCAUACCCAGGCUGCAGAAGGUCAGGAAGAACUACCUGUCCAUGAACAAGUACAACGUGACUUACAAUGGGAAGAUGAAUGCUGCUAAACUCAGCCCAGAGAAGCUGCUGUGCCAGCUGCGGGACAGGGUGAACGUGACCAUGAUACAGGGAUCAGAUGGGCCCUUCAAUUCCUCAGAAUGGCAGCACUACCUGCCAGAGAAAAGCCUCAAUGAAACAGUGGGCCGCCUGGGCCGCUGUGCUGUUGUGUCCUCAGCAGGCUCUCUGAAAUCAUCUCACUUGGGACCAGAGAUAGACAGCCAUGAUGCCGUCUUGCGCUUUAAUGGGGCUCCUGUCAAGGGAUUUCAAGAAGACGUGGGUCAAAAAACAACGAUUCGUCUUGUUAAUUCCCAGCUGGUCACUGUUGAGGAGCAGCAGUUCCUGAAGGAUGCUCUGUAUAACACUGGAAUCUUGAUUGUCUGGGAUCCAGCGCCGUAUCAUGCAGAAAUACAUGAGUGGUACCAAAAACCAGACUACAAGUUUUUUGAAGCCUACAAGUUGUAUCGCAUUAGACAUCCAGAGCAGCCCUUCUAUAUCCUGAAUCCAAAGAUGCAGUGGCAACUCUGGGAUAUUCUGCAGGAGAAUUCCUUAGAGCAUAUUCAGCCUAACCCACCGUCUUCAGGAAUGUUGGGCAUCGUGAUCAUGAUGGCGCUCUGCAAUGAGGUGGAUGUAUAUGAAUUUCUCCCUUCUAAGCGGCAGACGGACAUUUGCCACUACUACCAGAAGUUUCACGACCGUGCCUGCACCAUGGGAGCUUACCACCCUCUCUUGUUUGAGAAAAACUUGGUGAAGCAUUUAAACCAAGGCACCGAUGAGGACAUCUAUACUCACGGGAAGGUUACUUUGCCCGGCUUCCGAAAUGUACAUUGCUAGCAAAUCAGUUUUUAUUGUCUUUAGACUUCUGCCUCGACCGUCGAAGCACUUUGAAAAUCAGGGUUGUCACGUUCAUUAGGUCUAAGCACUGGUGUGUUUUGACAGCUCUUCCACCUUGCGACGCUUAGGACUCUUUGGCAUAGCUUCUCCAAACUGGAAGGCAGUGCAAUACGUUGUGGUACAUCCACACAGUGUCUGUGUGAGCCUCUGCAAUAAAUGUCUUCCUCGUGGGGCUGGGCUCAUGCAGCUGGUGGAGCCUUUGGCUCAGCUGAUGAUGCUGUAUGGGAAUCACAGGAGAUGCUUUCUAAGCAGAGACUGCACAAGGCUGAAUCAAGUGCUGAUAAAGUUCAGCUUGCUUCAGAGGGGUUCUGGCAGCUGAAAGCCUGAUCUGCUGAGAAACAAGAGACAUUCUUUGACACUUGUUCCCAUCGCCCUGGAGCUCUCUGUAGCAGUGAUUUAAGGAAUCACUGUUAAAGCUGGGUACUGAUUAGCUCAACUCCUAGUCCACAAUAUUUGAUUUUACCAUUAGAAUAAGCAAGGCAACUGCCUUUCAAAAUACAAGGCUUUUAAAUCAUCCGGGUGGCAUUUUUGACAUGUGAGAAGGGAGGCAAUUCAUGAUUCAGGAAUUUCUGCAAGAUAUUUUUAGACAUUUUAAUGGAGGUUUUUUGUUUUUUUUUUUUUUUUUUUUUUAAUAAUUUUAAUCAAGUUUUAUUGACCAUUUACUUUUCCAGUACAGUGUCGUGUUUGGUACAAAAGAAGCUGUAUUUUGAACAUGUUUUGGUGGUGGUGUUGAAAAGCACAGAUGGGAAAACUCACUGGAAGCUGGUACUUCUUUCUAACUCUCUGCUAAUCUACCUCUGUAAUUAUUGGCAAAUUGUUUUCUGUCUUGUCUCCGGUAACAAAAAAGCCACAUAGCAGCUGGAUGGAUGAGAUGCAGCUCUCUACAAGCUAAGCAGGGCCAUUCUCAUUGCUGUUGUGUGCUUUCUGAAUGCAUGGCGAGCAGAUACAUUGCCUCCAUCCUUCAUCAGCGGUGAGGAAGGAGAGAGGGCUCUGCUCCCCGUGCUGGAACUCAGGCAGAAGGGAGCAGGGCACCUUUUCUCUCUCAUGUGGCCUCAUGGUGGAAGCAGCAGCUCUGCAAUCUGUGUGUCAAUGAGAACACCUAGUCCUUUUCCAUACUGAUGUAUUCCAUGGUUAUCUGUAAAGAAAACCUCUUCUUCUCUUGUUUUGAAUAAAUCCUGUGAAGUCACUGGCCCAUUCUUA